AUGGCAACUUCACGCUUUGCAAUUCGCUCCUCACGAGCUCUGAUGAGCCUCAACCACUCUUCGCGCCCUUUCUCGGUUUACCGCGCAUCCGCAAACCAGUUCGAAUCCCUCAACAGGCGUUGUCAAGAUACGGCAGACGAGUAUCGCCGCUUCCAAAUCGAGAAGCCCUUAAACCCGCAUCUUACCAAUACCAACUCCACCAUUGCAAAUGAGAUGCCGAGCUUGGGCGCUGAUGCCCCUCCGCCCGAACUGAUCAAGAACGCCGACUCAAGUUUCACCCCCAAGGAUGCAGUGCCGGAGAACACACACAGGAUGACCGGAGGGACUCAGAGCAGCGAAAGUUCCGAUGCCAGCGGAAGCAACAAGGACCUCAAAGGCGAUGUUGCGGGCAAGGGCGAACUUGGUGUCGGCGAGCUGGAGGGUGCCUCAUUCAAGGUCGAGCCGUUGCGAAGGACGGGUGAGGAUGAGGCGACCAUGCGCGCGAGGUUAUUAUAUCAGAGUCGCAAGAGGGGAACGCUCGAAAGUGAGCUCCUCAUGUCCACUUUCGCUGACGCCAAUCUCGCCAAUAUGAACGUCUCGCAACUUCAGCAGUAUGACCUUUUCCUCGAUGAAAAUGACUGGGACAUCUACUAUUGGGCUACUCAGGAACCGUCCCCAACUUCCUUGGAGACAGCCGAGGGCUCUGGAGCCGACCUUGCUACGAAAAACGCUCAAGGCCAAGAUGAAUGGAAGAGGAGUCCUGCUAAGGGAGAGUGGGCGCAAACUGUCGGCACAUUCAAACCUGCGUAUCGACCAGUUCCGGCUCGGUGGAAGGACAGCGAAAUCCUCAAAUUACUAAGGACACAUGUUGAGAAAAGGAGCGGAGGAAGUGGAAAAGAGGAUGCAACAGGCUUGGGCAAAAUGCCUGAAAUCAAGGUCUUUGAUGCUUGA